AGGUGACGAAUUUUGUAUGGAUAAAUGUACAUUUAGAGCAGCAUUUAGAGCUAAAUGCGCUAAAUGUGCUUUUCCGUGUAAGCAAAACAGCCCAUUAUAGCCUGUUAGUAGUUUUUCCAGCAUGGGAUCGAUUUCAAAUGAAAUCUGUUAAAAAAUAGUGUAUUCGGUUUCGUACGGGAUCGCAACUAAAUACUAAACCAGUGGAAGUUGUGUUCUCCAUUUUGUUUCCGCUUCCGUUACAAGAACAGUUUGCCAAAUCGCAGUUUAUUUCAAUUAAAUUUUGCAACUAAAAGUCAAAUAAUGGAUCUACCGAAUUUUCCGAUUGUUGAAGUCGCCAAAAGUGAUGUUGAGAUAGUGGAAAAUCCACUGCUAGAGACAUUUCUUCAGCAAUUCAUCACACAACAGAUGGACGAAAUUACGCAAAUUAAAUCAUCCUGUGAAAAUUUAAAACAAUUAAAGGAGAGUUUGCAAGCUUCAAAGGAUAAGUAUCUUGGAGAAAUAUUCACACUUACGCAUAGUAAUACCAGUGGUGGGAUUUUGUCGCAGCAAUUGCUCCAGCGAAUCCAAGGGGAAACUCGAACGUUUCGAAAGCGUGGACAAAUUGCCGAUGAGGUGUUGUUGAAUUUCUUUAGGGAUUAUGUAGAAGGGCGCUGUAUUUUGGAACAGAAAAAGCAAGCUUUGCUGGCCGCCGAUGAAUUGAUCGAUUUGUCCCAACCUGAGUUAGAGUCAAAAAUAGGAAUACUAAAGGAAGAUACCAAGAAUACAGAGGAUGAACUCAAUGCUUUUGAAGAAACUAUUCAAGCCAACAAUAAACUGUUAGAUGAAGAGUCUAAAGCAUUAAACGAAGGAAUAAAAACACUCCAGUCGGUGCUUUCAGAUGUGGGCACUACACUACAGCGUUCAGACGAGUCCAAGGAAAUUGAAAAAGAAAAAAACCAGCAGGAUAUCAAUAAAUUAUUGAAAGAAAUCGACGAUUUGAGGAAGAAAAUCGAGCUAUAUGAGUGAAAGUCAGAAAUUAUAUGAACUUACAUAAAUACCUUUAAUAAAUAUUAUAAAUA